AUGACCCCAGGAAUUUCGACCGAAGCAAACUCCACGUAUGACAAUCUCGGUAUCUUCACCGGCACUGCACAAACACUCUCGAACGGUUCAAUCCUAAUUAUUUAUACAUCAGUUCGUCACUUACCAAUCAGUUGGGCUCUACCCUAUAUCAACAACUCGGAAAGUCAAAGUUUGAUUCUUUCAAAUGAUAAUGGAACGACAUGGCAACGUUAUGCGAAUAAUCCAGUGAUUGCUACUCCACCACCGAACGUUAAUAUCACUGGAUUUCGCGAUCCAUUCUUACAGAAAUGGCGAGAGAUGGAUACUCUGUUGAAUAACUCCAAUAACUGGUAUGUCACAGUCAGUUCUGGCACUAAAACAAAGGGAACCAAUUUAUUUCUCUACACAGCUUCAGACAACACUAUUCAAAAUCUAACCUAUCUUGGUAAUCUCAUCAGUCUAACUGAGAACUUCACUUUCAAUGAAAACUGGUCAGGCACAUGGGGUUUUAAUCUUGAAGUAGCAACUGUAUUUUCACUCAACGAAACAGUGGCAGAUGGCGGAGAAGAGGGCGUAAUGAGAACCUACGUAACAGCAGGGAGUGAAGGUGGAAAUACAACAUUGCAUACAAGUGCUCACUGGUCGGUUUGGGCUGAAGGAUUGGUGAUUAAUGAUAAGAAUGCCUCGGCCUAUAUGACCUUGAAAUCAGGCGGUGUAGCUGACUGGGGUGCUACCUAUGCCAUGCUCUCGUUUCUCGAUUCCCAGGAGAGACGAGUGUUCUUCGGAUGGGUCCCAGAUGAUUUUAAUGACUAUGCUCUGACUCAAAUAGGAUACAACGGCCAGUUCAUUCUUCCACGACAGGCUUUCAUUCAAGUUACACCUGAUAUCACACCUGGUAGUCUUCCCUCUUCCCUGCUCACUUCAGGUCCGUUUACUGUUCAAGCUCAACCAAAUGGACUGUGGCGUGUGCAUACGCUUGGUUUUCGUGUUCUUCCCGAGUUUACUACUUGCUCUCUCAUCACUCAAUUCGAUAGCUCAACUGUCUAUGCAAAACAUUUUCUAUUUUCUAACAAAGAAUCACUACAAUUACGUAUCUUCUUGGAUAAUUCCCUACUUGAAGUGCACGCUAACGAACGUACAUCACUUGCAACACAUAUUUAUCCGGUUUUGAAUACAUCAACACAAGUCGGAUAUGCAGUCAGCAAUGGUGCAGGAGUUCAGGUAACAGUUAUAGGAAGAGACCUGUCGAAAGCAAAUGUAUGGCCACAACGUCCAAUAAAUACAAGUGUACCAUUGGUCUACGAUACAGCAGCAGAGACGAAUAAUUAUACCUAUUGGACUGGAAAUUAG